AUGAUGGAUGACUUUUUGUCCGAAUUAUCCUCGCAUACACCACAAUCGCUGCGCAGACAGGUGUUUUCGGGGCGCUACAACACCAGCGUGGGAAGAGGAGUGCUGUGGAGAGUGUAUCUUCAAUUCGACUCCUUGAAGCUGUCCGACUGGAAGAAGGACCUCGAGACACAAAGACAGCGCUAUGACUCGUUCCUCAGCGAGUUUGUUAACCCCAGCAAUUGCGGUGGAGACAGGAAAAUGACGUUUGUGGACCCCUUGAACAAUGAUAUCGACGACACAGACGCCAAUGAUUCGGAAACCCUUGAGGAGAUCAGAAAAGAUGUCACUCGAACCUUUCCCGAGGUGGAUUUCUUCCAACAAACACAUGUUCAACAGUCAAUGACCCGGAUCCUAUUUGUAUAUGCCAAAUUGAACCCUCAUUUGAAAUACAGACAAGGAAUGCAUGAGCUUCUGGGGCCUCUAAUAUACGUGUUGACCAUGGACGGAGAGGUGUGUGGAGCGACUGAGGCACUCAGCAAUGUGUGUUCGUUGCAAUACAUCGAACAUGACUCCUUUGCACUAUUUGAAAUUCUUAUGACAAAUGCUGCUUCUUGGUAUUCAACAGAUACUCCUUCACAGAUUGUCCUCAAGAGCAGACUAAUCCAACAGAAGAUUCUGCGACAAAGUGACCCGGCUUUGACGGCCAAACUCGAACAGCAUUCAAUUGAGCCCCAAAUUUGGGGUCUACGAUGGAUCAGACUCCUGUUCUCUCGUGAAUUUGACUUCCCAAGUGUGCUGGAACUAUGGGAUGCUCUAUUUGCGGCAUCUCCUAAACUGGAUCUUGUUGACUAUGUCUGUGCUGUCUUAUUAUUGCGUAUCCGUGAAAAGAUUAUCACUUGUACCGACGACACCGAUAUCCUCACCUGUCUGUUCCAUUAUCCCACUUUUGCCGAGGAGAAAAUGUGGUCGUUUGUGUCCAAUGCCGUUUACCUGAGAAACCAUGUGAACAGAGAAGGAGGUCGAUACGUGUCAGACCAAUACAGCCAUUUGUGGCGAGAAGAUAACCCUCUUUCUGAGUCUGACACGUCUAGAAACGGCCCCUCCAAGCUGGAGGACGUGUUUUCCACUCUGUCGAGAAACUGGGGAGUCGACAAGAUCUACAAUGAGGUGGUUAGAGCUGCUAAUGACGUCAACACUAUGGGACUCCGAAAUACGACCCAAGCCAGACUCAAUGACGUCAUUGAAGGAUAUGUACGGCAACGGACAGAUGGAGUGUCUCGUGAUCUCGAAAGGCUGUCUGACUUAUUUGAUAACACUCAAGACGUCCACACCCAGGAGUACAGGGACGCAGUGGCCGAGCUGAGAGCUCUGAGCAAGAGACUGGCUAUUAGAGACGGGGUCGAGAUGAGUGACAGACCGGACAAAGAGCGUCAUGAAACACCUACCGUGGAUCCCAAACAAGUAAGCACUACUCCCCACGACCCUGUCGUAGCCGGAUCACGUGAAAGCCAUUUUGAAACGUCCUCUCGAAGUGCAUCUGACACCCCUACAAGGAAGUCUCUAGCUCAAUCACAAUUCUCUUGGAUGCUGGGAGACGAAAGUCCUAUUGGAAAAGUGGAGCUGGAAGAUACCAAGUUUGGCCCCAUUCCUGGGUCAUCGUCUAACAAGCCCGUGACCAGUGUCUCUGCGAAAAAGAAGGAGGUGAAGAAGAAUGUCUUUGAGUUAGAAGAAAGGGCCGUUGAUGGGCCCUUGUAA